AUGGCUUCGUUCAAAUCGUCGUCGAAAAAUAUUUUAAAUUGUUCCGUUAACGACAAUUCGAAUUCAUGGAUAUAUCGUUAUGAGCAUUUAGCUGAUCCUCGAACCCAGGAUUGGUUGUUGGUGUCGUCGUUGAACCCAGUUUUGAUGUGGGUAGCUGCAUACCUUAUAAUGGCUGUAUACAUAUCGAAAUUUUUCAAAAGAUUCAAACCAUUUAAACUUCAUGGUCUUCUAAUUAUCUACAAUUUAUCUAUGGCAUUAUUAAAUUUACACAUUUUUAAGGAACUAUUAAUAAAUGCAUCACAUUUGAAAUACAGCUAUUGGUGUCAGCCAUGUAGAGUGAUUUAUUCUGAACAUGAAAUCAAGUUAGCCUCCGCUGUAUGGUGGUUUUAUUUCUCAAAAUUACUGGAGUUUUCAGAUACUGCAUUUUUCAUUUUACGGCAAAAGUGGAAACAGCUGACUCCGCUACAUGUCUAUCAUCACAGCACUAUGUUUCCAUUGUGGUGGAUAGCCAUAAAAUGGGUACCAACUGGAUCAACCUUCUUUCCCGCACUUAUUAAUUCCUUUGUCCAUGUAAUAAUGUACACCUACUAUGGCCUAAGUGCAUGUGGUCCGGCUGUACAAAAAUAUCUGUGGUGGAAAAAAUAUCUAACCGGUUUACAAUUGUUACAAUUUACACUUGGCCUGCUUUGGGCCGUUCAAGCUCUGGUAAAUCGAUGUGAUUUUCCUGAAUGGAUAAAUUGUGCCACCAUUGUUUAUAUGAUUUCGUUUUUGAUACUUUUUGGUCGCUUCUAUAAAAGAGAGUACCGACGAUCGAAAGAAUCUAAGAAAUUGAAGGGAAAUUAA